AUGUUUCAUUUUCUUCUUUCCUUCUACGCCUUCAUUUGCUUCUUUCUACUUUUUUUUCGUCUUCCAAUUUUUCUUAUUCUACUUUUUCUUCCCUUCGUUUACUCAUUCUUUUACUUCCGUUUUCUUCCUUUCUUUUUCUGUGUUUCUUUCUUGUCAUUUAUUUUCUUCUUCCAGUUAAUUUAUUUUCUUCUUCUUCUUCUUAAAUUUUCUGUUUCCUGCUCUUCUUUCUUAUCUUACCUUGUCUGCUUUUCUUAUAUAUUUUCUUCAUCGACUUUCUUUUCUUCGUUUUCCUUUUUUUAUUAUUCCUUCUUCGAGAUCAUUUAUUUUCCUAUAGUUUCUUUUCAUCCUUUUCUUCCUUCGUUCGUUUCUACUGUUUCUUCUUCUCUUUCUGCUUCUUCUUCGCCGUUUUUUUUUGUCUUCCUCUUCUUUCAUCUGUGUCUUUAUCUUCUUUCUUUCUUACUUUCUCUAGCCUCUUGUCAGUUCAGUAUCCUCUUCGGCUCAUCUUUUGAUUUCACUGACCAAGCAAUUUUCUACGAAAAUAAACCACGAUUAAAUAAAUUCUUUUUUUUUUUCAAAAAUACUCAUUUAUUUCUUAAUAUCUUUUUCUUUCUUUCCUUUUUAUCCAAAUUUUACCAAUAUCAGAAAAUUAGACACCGGGGAGUUAGGAAUGCGAUUCCAAUCAGAAAUGAAAUAUCGAUUUGGAUCUGCCCAAGUGGAGAGUAUUAUGACUAG